AUGCCCAAUGUGCUGGGUCUGCCCUACCCACAGACGGCGCCCGUGGAUGUGCGCGAUGGUCUGCGUGCGCACCUGCAUACCAACUUUCCCGAUAUCGAUCCUCAGCUAUUCGAGCGCGAUAUAGAGGCAUGGCAAGAUCUGCGUAGCAAGUGCGUGUCGAGCGUCGCGCCCACGGGGCCAUCGCCGCUGCUGCGGGACUAUGCGGCGCAGCUGGAUUGUGCGGCGCGCAUGCUGAAGAACGAGGCAGGCACGGCCUUUCCUUGGGCACCGGGCUUUUCCCAUGCGCCUCCCCUGCAAUGGCACGAGAGUAUCGCGGCGGAGCGAGCGUAUGUGCUGCUGUGGAUCGCAGCUGAGCAUGCGCAGAGUGCGUCGUGGGAGUCGCGGAGCACGAGCGAGAGUCUCAAGCGUGCCGCGAACGAGUUCCAGCUCGCAGCUGGGUGCCUCGCGCACAUGACGACGCUGCCUCUGCCUGCGCCGCUGCAGGACCAGGUGCCGUGUCUCCGCUUCUUGAUGCUCGCACAAGCGCAGGAAUGUUUUUGGCAAAAGGCUGUGCAAGAUGCGCUGAAAGACACGACGAUCGCGAAACUGGCGCAAGGCGUGUCCACGCUGUACGCUGACAGUGUGGCGCUCGCGCCGCCAGCGGCUCUGCCGCCGGACUGGCUACAGCACAUGGAGUGCAAGCGGUGGCACUUUGCUGCGGCUGCCAUGUACCGGAAAAGCUGUGAUGAUCUCGCGCAGCGCCGGCACGCCGAUGAGCUCGGGCGACUGAGGCUGGCCGCGUCGUACGUCGAGCGUGCGAAGCGCGCUGGCACGCGAGUUGUCGCGACGGCGGUCGUGGACGACGUCCAGUCUCUGUACGAUAUCAUCCACACGAAUCUCGUCCGCGCCGACAAGGACAAUGAGCUGAUUUACCUGGAAGCGCCGACGAAUGCAGCGCAUUUGCCCGACAUCGGCACCGCCCUGCUGGCUACGGAGCGGUGUCCGACGCCCGUCGAGGCGCCCGUGGCGUAUUUGGAGCAAGGCCAGCAGGAGGCGUGGUUCAGGCGGCUUAUGACGUAUGGCGUGGACGUCGCCGUGCGGCUGUACGCGGACCGCAAGGCGCAGUUGCUGGAGCACACGCUCGAGGCGACGGCGUCGCGCCUCGAUGCACAGCUCGAGGCGGCCCUGUCGACCAUGCAGAUGGCUGAGACGCUGCAGCGCCUCGAUCGGCCGCAGCGAUUGCCGACGCACUGGCACGAGUAUGUGAGCGGCAUCGCGGACGGCGGUGUACGUGCGCUCGAAGAGCUCAUGCAGCGCGUCGUGCAGCUCGCCGACAUGUGCCGCGCCGCGUAUGAGCAGGCGCGGCCCUACCACGACGAGGCGCUCCUCAGCGAGUACGACACGGCCCUGUCCGAGGCGCGCAGGAGCGAUCACCGAGUGCGAGCGAGCCUCGAUCAGGUGGCGCCGCUCGCGCACAUCAUGGAGCGCGGCAUGACGGCCCUCCAUGCGUGGGCGAUGCCUACGAUCCGGGACCUGCAGCGCGCGUGUGAAGCUCAUACGGACGACAUUCGGGGCAUCCACGCGAUGAUGGAGCAGCUCCGCGACGGCGCGCAGGCCCGUCGCCGACUUGUGCUGCGGGCGCGCGCCGAGAUGGACAGCGACGACUUGCGCGAGACGCUGCUGCAUAUGGUCCGUGCGAGACAGGUCGGCGACGCCGUGCCGGCCGCCGCGUUGGACGACGUUUUGGCCACGUCGAUGCAGCGCUACGACGUCUACGUGCGCGAUCUGCAGCGGUGCGAGUCCGAGCAGCAGGAGCGCAUGAGGCACCUGAAGCAGGCGCUCAUGCGCCUGCUGCGGCAGGCCGACGUGGCGCACGCGCUGGAUGCGCAGGCCGAGGCCUGGCAUCGUGUGGAGGAAGCGUAUGGACAGUGGGCGGCGCUACGGCAGCACGUGGCAGAAGGCCUGGUCUUUUACGAGACGCUGCACGACCGACUACGGCGUCUCGCGGACGUCUAG